AAACAAAAAUGAGACAGAUGGAGUAAUUUCACAAGGGGAUAAAAAUAGUAACCUCUCGUCGUUUUCUGCGUUCCCUUUCAAUUUUAGAGCCCCUCACACACUCUCUCUUACGCCCGUCCCACUCUUUUUCAGGCCCAAUCCUCCUCUAUCCAUUCUUGACCUUCAGCUUCAUUAACCAACUUUUUGGUUCUCAUAUGUUGUCUAAAUUACUUGAUUUCUAGAACCCUUCCCCUAAAAGAGUAAAUAGAACAAGAUUUGGGAAUGGCAGAGCAAGAAUCGAUUAAGUUUGUUCGUUGUAGUAGCAUUAAUGGAAUUGGAAAUAGUGGAGCUGAAGACACCGUUUGGGAGCUCGUGAUCCCGUACGUGCAGGACCAUCGCGACCGAGACGCUGUAUCCCUUGUGUGCAAACGCUGGUACGAGAUCGAAGCCUCAAAUCGAAAGCAUGUGACAAUCGCGUUGUGUUACACGGCUACGCCGCAGCGGCUCUCUCGCCGGUUUACUUACCUUGAGUCGCUCAAGCUCAAGGGAAAGCCGCGAGCUGCUAUGUUCAACCUUAUCCCGGAAGACUGGGGUGGGUAUGUUGCUCCUUGGGUGGAAGAGGUCGGCAGGUCUUUUAGAAGAAUGAAGACGUUACACUUCCGUAGGAUGAUUGUGAAGGAUGCGGAUCUCGAGUUGCUUGCCAAAUCGCCGGCUGGGAAGCUUCUCGAAGUCUUGAAGCUCGAUAAGUGUUCAGGAUUUUCUACUGAUGGUCUCCUAAUUAUUGGCCGCUCGUGCAGGAAUUUAAAAACCUUGUUUAUGGAAGAGAGCACAAUAGUUGAGAAAGAUGGGGAAUGGCUGCAUGAGCUUGCUCUGAACAAUAAGGUUCUUGAAAAUGUUAACUUCUACAUGACGGAUCUUACCAAAGUGCAAUCUGCAGAUCUUGAGCUAAUGGCCAGAAAUUGUCCCUCUUUGACCUCAAUGAAGAUCAGCGACUGUGAUAUAUCAGAUCUGAUUGGUUUCUUUAAAGCUGCUAAUGCACUGGAAGAGUUUGGUGGGGGGUUUUUCAGUGAGCCACCUAGACAGAUUGUCGAGGGUGUCUGUAAUGAGCAAUUAGGGAGGAAUUCUGCUGAAUCAUUUCCCCCAAGAUUAGGCUGCUUGGGUCUUACUUAUUUGGGGAAGGAAGAGAUGCCUUUUGUCUUUCCAAUUGCUGCCCGACUCAAAAAAUUGGAUCUCCUUUACGCACUGCUUGACACAGAAGGCCACUGUGUCCUACUGCAAAGAUGCCCCAACUUGGAAAUUCUUGAGGUAAAAUUUUAA